UCUACUACGUCCCUGGCCCAAACAUUUAUCCUAAUACAGCACAAUAUUGACCAAAAUGGAACUACUGAUCAAUAUCAAAAUCUUAUGUACCAGCCCGGCAAAUAUGACCUGUGCUCCGCCUUCUUUUACACACUUGUGUGCAUACUGAUUCACACAUUAAUUCAAGAAUAUUGUAUAGAUAAAUACAAUCGUAAACUUAGUCUUACUCGGAUUCGCCUUGGAAAAUUCAAUGAAUCCAGCCAACUUGCUUGCUUCUUCUGUGCUUCAGCUUUGUGGGCUGCAUAUAUUUUAUGCACAGAAGAAUUCAUUACUUGUCUAAGUAGCCUCUGGGAUGGUUACCCUCACCGCAUUCUCCCAUACUGGAUUAAGGCUUUCUUUAUUUUUCAAAUUUGCUAUUGGCUUCACAGCUAUCCGGAACUCUAUUUUCAGCGUGUAAAGAAGGAGGAGAUACCAUCUCGCUUGGUUUACAUAACACUUUACCUUUUAGGAAUUGUUAUAGCUUACGUCACUGGGUAUGUGUUUUCUGUAAUUAACCCCGACAGGCUUACGAAACUUUGUUUAUUACUUCUCCUUAUUCAAUACUCUUCGGAUUUGUUCCUUCAUAUCGGGAAGGCUUUGUAUAUUGGCGGUCUUGAGCAGUUCGCUCGCAUUGGGUAUGGUCUUCAAAAAUCUGCAAUAGAGGAUGCCUCAGAAGAGGGAAAUCUUAAUACCAAAACCCUUCGGCUUGGCGGAACGCUUUUUGUUUUUUUGACUCAAGCCCUUAUGGUGUGGAAUUUCGUGACAUUUCAUCGUAGACGAAUUCGAGAGAAAAGUGGCCAAAAGUGGUCCGCUGGCUCUGAUAUACCGCGGCGCAAGGAAAGGAAAGAUAUGUUAUAG